AAAAAAGCGCCUGAACUUUAAUCGGAAUCCUCUAAAACCCUAAAGCGCCAAGCUUUCACUCUCUUCCCUGGUCGUCCUCCUAAGCUUCGAUUCUGGAGCUCACUCUUUCUUCAAUGGCGUUAACCAGCAACAAAGUCCCUUCUUUACGCCUUAUACCCACCACCGGAAAACUCUUAAACCCAUCAAAAUCGCUCUCGUUGGCUUCUUAUCAUCAUCCGCUUCCCAGAGUUUCAUUAUCUCUCUCUUCCGCUGCUUCUCUGAAGCUCACGACUUCAAGAAAGGUGGUAGCAAUGGCAGUGGAAGGUUCGAGAGAUUUGGAGAUGUCGAACUUAACGGCGUUAUCGCCUUUGGACGGACGUUACUGGGGGAAAGUUAAGGACUUGGCUUCCUCAAUGAGCGAGUUUGGUUUGAUUUACUUCAGAGUACUUGUUGAGAUUAAAUGGCUUAUUAAGCUUUCAAAGAUUCCUGAAGUCUCUGAAGUUCCAAGCUUUAGUAAAGAAGCUGAGGUUUACUUGCAAGGGAUUAUCGAUGGGUUUAGCGUGGAUGAUGCGUUGGAAGUUAAGAAGAUUGAGAGAGUAACGAAUCAUGACGUGAAGGCUGUGGAGUAUUUCUUGAAACAAAAGUGUGAAUCUCAUCCAGAGAUUGCUAAGGUUCUUGAGUUUUUUCAUUUUGCUUGCACGUCUGAGGACAUCAACAAUCUAUCACAUGGUUUGAUGCUUCAAGAAGCACUUAGCUCGGUUAUACUUCCAGCCAUGGAUGACCUGAUCAAGUCAAUCUCUCUGAUGGCUAAGGAGUUUGCAUAUGUCCCCAUGCUUUCAAGAACUCAUGGCCAGCCAGCUUCACCUACAACACUAGGGAAAGAAAUGGCGAUAUUCGCUGUGAGGUUAAGCGAAGAGAGAAGAUAUCUUUCAGAAACUAAGAUCAAGGGCAAAUUUGCUGGUGCCGUUGGGAACUACAACGCUCACAUUUCAGCAUAUCCUAAUAUCGACUGGCCUCAUGUUGCAGAGGAGUUUGUUACUUCUCUCGGAUUGACCUUUAACCCAUACGUCACUCAGAUUGAGCCUCAUGACUAUAUGGCUAGACUCUUUAAUACAAUCAGCCAGUUCAACAAUAUCUUAAUUGAUUUCGACAGAGAUAUAUGGAGCUACAUAUCUCUAGGUUACUUUAAGCAGAUAACUAAAGCUGGUGAGAUCGGAUCAUCCACAAUGCCUCACAAAGUGAAUCCUAUUGAUUUUGAGAACAGUGAAGGGAACCUAGGUAAAGCUAACGCUGAGCUUAUUUUCCUCAGCAUGAAGCUUCCCGUUUCUCGAAUGCAGCGUGACUUAACCGAUUCGACUGUAUUGAGAAACAUGGGUGGAGCUUUAGGACACUCUCUUCUUGCUUACAAGAGCGCCAUACAGGGAAUCAGGAAGCUUCAGAUUAAUGAAGGUCGGUUAAAAGAAGAUUUGGAUCAAACUUGGGAAGUUCUCGCUGAACCCAUACAAACUGUUAUGAGGAGAUAUGGAGUUCCGGAGCCGUAUGAGAAGCUGAAGGAGCUGACAAGAGGGAGAGCUGUGAAUGAAGAAAGUAUAAGAGAGUUUAUAAAAGGUUUGGAUUUGCCUGCAGAAGCAAAAUCUCAACUUUUGAAGUUAACUCCACACACCUAUGUUGGUACUGCUGCUGCGUUGGCUUUGGCCGUCGAUGAAGCUCUGCACUUGUGACAGUGAUGAUGAUCAGUGAUCAUAUCGGUGAGAAGGUUGUGCUGUUGUACUAUUACUCUUCUCCAGAUGAAAUAGGAAGAAGUAGCGAAGAACAAAGAGUCAGAUUGAUGAGUUCUACGUUGUCGUUUUGAGUUACAUGUCAUAUGAAAAUAAUUUUUUUACAUUGGAGUUAAAUAAU